UCUCUCUCUCUCUCUCUCAAAGUAGGUAAAUCAAUAAGAAUGGAUGCACUGGAUUCAGUUUUCGAUCCAUUGAGAGAAUUCUCAAAGGACAGCAUUCGUCUCGUCAAGAGAUGCCACAAGCCGGAUCGCAAAGAAUUCACCAAGGUGGCGACCCGUACAGCUAUAGGUUUCGUGGUGAUGGGAUUCGUUGGAUUCUUCGUCAAACUUAUAUUCAUCCCUAUUAACAACAUCAUCGUCGGAUCUGGUUAAAGUACUAGAGGUCGUUUGAUACCAAAGAAAAAUGUUCAGAAGCAACUAAUUACCGUGGAAUGGAAGCACUGGAAAAAUAUGGUAGAAAAACUUGCUAUAGCAACCCCUAUCCCUUUUUUAUUCCAAUAUUGAAAACACAGAGAUUCCUUUUGGUUUGAUUAUAUUGAACAUGAAUUUUCAGAUUGUUCUGCAUCAGUUGAUUUUUUACCGUUUUCAA